AAUUAACUGGGAAUUUUUUCCUCAAAUUGGUACACUGUACAUUGUUUAUGGUAAUGACUGCGCAACAGUAGGACGGUGUUAAUUAGUCAAACAAUAAAUCCGCAUACGUCCUUCAACUUAUUCGUCUCUGGGGUUGUAGCUCCACAGCUGAUCGUCGUGCUUCGGUCGCUGCACCUUGAGGUGUGGAUUUAGGAGAACCCGAGUAAAUAUUUGAAAUGCAAAAAGAAGUGAACGAGAAAACAGUAGUUUUCGAAAUAACACUGCCUGAUGGUGAAGGCUGCCAUGAAUGUUCCUAUCUGGAGCUUUUUCAGCAACACCUGGAAUCAGCUAACAAUGAAAAACAUCAGGAUGAUCCUUUUGCAUCCGAAAAUGCCACCGAAGAAAAGAAACUCUCAGAACUUGCUAAAGCACUCGAAAAGAAAUAUGGAACUAUGGUAACUGUGAAAAAUAAUGGGAAGCAGAAACGAGUUCGUAUAGAUGAUUUCUUAAACCCAGGAGAUGGAUACGAUACACAAGAUUCGUUCAUUGACGAUUCGGAAGCCAUUGAUGUUUUUGUUGCUCCAAAUAUCUCAACUAAAUUUGGUGGAUAUUUUGUACAUCAAGGGACUGUUGAAGGACUUGAAGAUACAAGUGUGAAAAUCGAAGCACCUUGGAAUGCAAGGAUAUUGGCAAACAAUAGUUCAACACAUAAUGCUAUAAGGAAAAAGAAUAAAUCCAAAGAACUCUUGGACAAAGCUGUCAAACGCUUGUCAACGCCUAGUGCUUUCAAACCAAAGCUGUUCUCUUCCGAGUCUCGAAAUCAGAUGCGUAAUCUUGACUCUGUAUUUGAUGAAGUCUUAUCCUCACCGAAUACACCGAAGGAGAAUAAUGCCAAAGAUGUAAACAACUGUCAGAAUUCAAAUGAAAAGUGUGAUAAUGCCCCUGUAUCCGUUCCUGUAAAUUUGACUUCUGACGUUGAAAAACUCAAACCUCUCCCAAAGAAUUUACCAGCCGAGAUAGUGGCAUGUCUAAACAAUCUUACAGAGCUGAAUAAAUGUGGAGCUCAACAACGUCGUACUAUGGGAAAACCUUUUGAUAUGGAGUUGUUAAAGUUGGAUACAAAAUUAAAAGAAUUAAUGUUGAAUCAGUCUGUCAGAUCAGAGGUCUUCCACUACUUGGAAAGUCAUUUACAAUUGAAGCAUAAAGCUGUAAUGCGUAGACUCAAAAAGUUAAGAGAAGACAAACAAGAAGAAAGAAUGAAUCCAUUGUUAGACUCACUUGGAGAAGCUAUUUCAUCGUCUAUGCCUCCAAUUAUUGAAAGUUAUACAAGAGAUAAAGAGGUUCACUUAGAACGUAUUAAAGCUUGGCAAACAGAAAAUUUACAGAAUAAUGGUACAGAAUUCCCUGACAGUCAAGGUGCUGCCAAUGGUUCAGGCGAUGGAAAUUCAUCCAAACGAAUACCAAAACCAGGACCUCCAAAGAAAAUAUAUCGUUGGAACUCUGAGUGCAGGCAGUUAUUUGAGAAAAUUAUUCUUUGCCGACUUGAAAGUUACAAGCUGUUAAAUAUUAAAGGUUCCGCUGAAGACUAUCUUCGACGCCUGUUUCCAACUUUAAUACAAUUAUGGCCUGAUGGUUGGAUUACAAAUGCUGCUCUAUGGCGGUCUGCUCUACCCAUCUUCCAGAAGUUUUGCAAUGAUCAUGGUUUAUGCAAUAACACUUCAACCUCCCAGUCGACUGCAAAAUCUUCAAACAACAGUAGCAACAAUAACAACACUAAUGCUAAUUUAACAAACUCAAAUAACGGAAGAAAUUCUAAUCCAGUGUCUUCUGCAAACGCUUCGUACACCUCUGAUUCUUCUAUCCUAUCAUCACAAAAUUCUCCUGUUGUCAUUCUACCGAACAUUUCAAAUAUUUCAACACCGGUUACCGUCUCUAAAACCACGCCUAAGAUAACUGCCACUUCUCUUGUCACCAACACCACUCCUCGUGCAAGUUUGCCAGCUGCUGCUACUGCUACUGCCACCUGCAGUCCAAAAUUGAAUUCAAUUCCUGUCACAAAAUACUGUCAGUCACCUCCUGUACUACAGUCGACUGCACAAACAGUGAAUCGACCAAACUUUCGAAUUACACCAUCUUCAGUGGCACAGAACCCUAACCCUAACACAAAACCAACCACUAGCAGCCCGAAAGUUCCACUCACUCUGUGCGUAGAUACUGGAUCAUCUCGUAUCUCCUAUGUACUUCAAUCGAAUGUAGGAUCUGUAUCACCGAAUAAUUCACUUGUCGUCCCAGUCGCCGCCUCUUCUCUAUCACCUCAGACAACAUCACAAUUCAAUCGGACGCCUAUCCUGCAGAAUGAAGCUAUAAUCGGUAGUCGAGUUUCUCAUUCUAAUGCAACAGUACCUCUGCGUCUUGUUUCAUCGAGUUCUACAAAUCCGUCAGCAGCAACAACAACAACACCUACUGUUUUAUUAUCAAAGACAGCAUUACAGCUGAAUUCUGAACUAGGCGGCGGCGGCGUCGGCAGUGCCGGUGGCAAUAAGCCUGCUAUGAUCAAUCCAGUGGCUGUUAAAAGACAAUCAUACCCUCAAAGUUAUCCUUCUCAACAAAGUGCAAAUACCCAUGUGAAAAUCAAUGACUUGCCUAAAUCAUCCACCCUACCGAUUCAUAAUGAAGGCAUUCCAAAAUCAAGUGGAUCACAUUCAUCAGCCAAUUUCGUAUAUGAUGCCAGCAAAUUCAAUCAACCGAUUGCUGCUCAUCAUCAUUCUGCAGCUGCUCUUCUGUCUAAUCAACAAAUCGAUCAACUACAAAGUAGAGCAUUGCAGAGUACUACUACUGCUACUUCUACUACUGGUCGGAUUGGAUUGAAUAUUAAUCCAGCGUUGAGUGCAGCUGCAGCCGCUCUACUCUUCCCUCCACAACCGCCUCCAGCGCAUCAAUCGAAAUGUUCUAGCCUACCAGCACAAAAAGAACGUGUUGACGGGAGAAAUACUGGCAGUAUACCUGCUGCACAUUCGAAUAACAAUUUCUAAGAUGUUUUAUGCGCGUGUGUGUGUGCGUAUAUUAAGAUUUCAGAUAAACUCAAUAUUUAUGAAACCUGCGCGUGUUAUCUUGCUGAGCAUCCGCUGUUUAUAACUAACUGAAGAACACCACCGCCGCCACCAACAACAACAACAAUGAUAUGCAUUUAGACACGAACACUCUACAUACUGAGAUUCAAUACUCUCCGCUGUCACUCUCUUUCUCUCUUUCAGUAUCAUAAUUAAUUAUCGUCUCUUUUAGGAUAAAAUAAACAGAUCAACAAAAGAAUAAGCUUGGUUCUGUUAAAUUAGGCGCCCACCACCCACCCACCCCCCGACGAAAAAAAUAAUCAACUAAUCAUGUAUGUGUCGACACAUUCUUAUACCAUGUAAUAAUAAUGAUGAUAAUAGUGGUAAUCAAUUGUUAUCUAUGUAUGUGUAUACAUUGCAGCAAGCAGGAUUUCAUCUUUGUAUGCUUAUGUCUGUCUGUCUGACUGUCUGUCUCUCCUUCACUCUUUUGUAAUCUCUUAAAAAUAAUCUUUUGUCAGUAUCUCUUGCCGCCAUUUUCUUUUGUGUGAACCCCCGCCGUCUUUUAUUCCAAUUGCGUAUUCAUUCUAAACAAAAUCUUCUUUGUUCAAUUGUUCAAUAAUGCCUAAACUAAGGUGUUCUGUUCGAAAACUGUGUUACAUGUGUAAUUGUCGUGUUUUAUACUACUACUACUUUUACUUUUUAGGAUAAUACUACUUUUUAAUAGUAGUGUGAAGCAAAGUGACCGUUUCACCUUUGUAAUUUCGAUCUUUAUGACUUAUGAGGUGAUCAUUUCUCAAGUUUUAUUGGCAUGAUAUAUGUAUAUACGCACAUAUAUAUACUACUGGCUGUCGCUACAUCAUAUAUUUUUA